CACGCCCCCCGCCAGGCCCGCGUGACCUGAGCGCCCUGGCCCGGCCCAUCAUUUGCGGUCCGUAUAUAAAGUGAGGACGCAGAGGGCUAGUUCGGUUCGGGGCGUUUUCAUCGUCCGCGCGCCGCUCUGCCCCGCCUCCCAGAUUUGGCAUUCAACACUGAAGUCAUCAUGAACCUCUUCCAACUCCUGAGGAAAAAGAAGGAACUUAUUCCUUUGGUGCUGAUCAUGACCACAGCAGCGGGUGGAGCUUCGGCUUUUGCAGUAUAUUCCCUUCAAAAGACUGAUGUGAUCAUUGAUCGGAAAAAAAAUCCAGAACCUUGGGAAACUGUGGAUCCUAAUGUACCUAGCAAGCUUAUAACAAUCAACCAACAAUGGAAGCCCAUUGAAGAGUUGCAGAAGGUCCGAAGGGCCACCAAAUGACCAGCUCUUGCUUCUUUCUUCCAAAGAGUACUCUAUGAAUCUAGUGGAAACAUUUCUGCACAAACUAGAUUAUGGAUACCAGUGUGCGGAAAUGCUUCUGCUACAUUUUUAGGGCUUGACUACAUUUUUGGACUCUGGAUAGGAAUUAUAAAGGUAGUGCAGCAAUAACCACGUAGUUCAAAAAUAAGUUUGUGUUUAUUUUCUUGUUGUGAAUUUAAUGUUGCGUAUUGAAAUUUUUAUGUUUAUGAUGCCUGAAUAUUUUCCUAAAGUGUAUAAAGAUUUGUAAACUAGAUUGUCUAUAAUAAAAUACUAUUUGUGCAAG